GCCGCAGACGGCGGGCAUGGAGACGCGAACCCGGCGGCGCCCGCAGCUUCUCCCGCUGCUGCUGCUGCUCCUGCUCUGCGGUGGGUGUCCCCGAGCAGGCGGCUGCAACGAGGCACACAUGCUGGAGCUGCUGUCCCAGUGUGGGCAGGCCUUUGCCCACAUGAUGCGCAAGGUGGAUAUGUGGAAGUGGUGCGACCUGUCUCAGUUCAUCGCGUACUACGAGAGUUUCACCAACUGCACCCAGAUGGAGACCAACAUCUCAGGCUGCUACUGGCCCAACCCCCUGGCCCAGGGCUUCAUCAGCGGCGUCCACAGGCAGUUCUUCUCCAACUGCACCAUGGACAGGGUCCACUGGGAGGACCCCCCGGACGAGGUUCUCAUCCCUCUGAUCAUCGUGCCUGUCUUGCUGACGGUUGCCAUGGCUGGCCUGGUUGUGUGGCGCAGCCAGCAUACUGACAAGCUGCUGUGAGGGCCCUGCGAGAUGGAGGGGCCAUGCCUGGCAGCUGAAGAAAGUUCCCCCGGGCUGGGAGAGCUGGUGCACACUGCCUGUGUUUGGCCAGGCUGGGCAUCCCACCCGGUCACAGGCCGACCCUACCCUCCCAGGCCGACCUGGUCCUGGUGGCUAGCCUGCCGCCUGGCUGGAACUCAGGCUGCCCACCCAAGCUCUUCCCUCUUGCUUGGGCCAGUGGAAAAAAAUGUGAUGAGGCCAGAGCUUGUAUGUGGGGCACAGAAGUCAUCAUCUGCUGCACCCUGCGCUCCCUCUGGCUGGGCCGGGGUGUCUGGCCCAGGUUUCUAGGCCAGUUUUCAGUAUACAAUCCCACCCAGCCUCAGCCUUAGCCCAGGCCCCAACCCACCUCCAAUCCUGAGCCAGAUCCUAUUUCUUUCCCUGCCCCUAAUGCCAUCUCCUGUCCUGACUCUGACCCCAUAUUCUGCUUUGACCCUGAUCUCAUCUUCAGCCCUGUUGCUGACCCCACCUUCAGCCCUGGCUCUGGCCCCAUCUCUUGCCCCAGCCCUAGCCUCUGACCCCACCUCCAGGCCUGGCUCUAACUGCACCUCCUGCCACAGCCCUGACCCUGACCCAUCUUCUGCCCUAACCCCACGUCCACCCCUGGCCCUGACCCUGACCCUGACCCCAUCUUCUGCCCCAGCCCUGGCCCCUGUCCACACCUGGUGGAAAGGGCAGGUGUGGGCCUUGGGAAGACCCUUUCAUGUUGUGGACCCCUGAGCCCUUCUGGUGGGGAGACCAGGCACACUUCAGGCUGGAAGGCUGGGAGAUGGGGGCACAGCCUGGGGCUACCAGGAGCUGUUCAAGGCCUGCAGAUCUGCCUGUCUGUCCCAUCACGAUUCUGCAACUCCUGUGGACUGUGCCCAUGACCAGGGGCUGGAGUGGGGUGCAUCAGAGCCUGUGUAGGUGGGGCAGGGGCCUCCUUCCUUACGGGAUCCCCUGUGAGCAAGGUGCAGUCUGGGGUGGGUCCUGUGCACAUAUGUACUCUGUUGGUCUCUGUCUGUGCUUUGUCUGAGUAAAGAC